CAAAAAAAUCUAAGCCUUCCAUUUCUUAUCGCAUUUGUUCUCUAUAUACGGCUACAGCAUUUAAAACAGAAAACAAAAAUUUUCACUACAUGGAUUCAACUCUGACCCGAAUUGCAGCUCCACUUUCGCUUAAACAAAGCAUCCGCUUCAGCAAUUAUCGAAAUUUCCAUUCUCUCCCCUCCCGAGAACUCUCUGUUCAGAGACUGUUUUCUUCCAAUCCAAACCUGGAAACAAGCAGCAGCAACAGAAGAGCUCCUGGAAAUGACACCGUCUUCGACGAGUCCACUUUUGAAGCAGAGAGGCUACGACUCGAUGCCAAGGCGCGAGAAUCCAUGGCGGAGACUUCUAAAUUAGAAAUGCAACUUGAUCCGAAAGCUUGGAAAUGGGUCAUCCGAAAGAGAAUUUGGGAUUUCAUGGAGGCCCGAAAUAUAGCCCAGAACCCGCGACCUGUUCACCACCGUAUCCCCAAUUUUAUUGGCGCCUCAGCUGCUGCUCAAAAUAUGGCCGGGUUAGAAGUAUUUCAUGAUGCGGGUUGUGUGAAGGUAAACCCGGAUUCUCCUCAAAAGCAAGUCAGGUUCCUCACUCUCUCUGGUGGAAAGGAGCUGUUGACUCCCCAACCUCGUUUGAGAACAGGGUUUUUCUCUGUACUUGAAUCUGAUAUGUUGGCCCCUAAUACCAUUCUUGAAGCAUGCACCUCAGUUGGGGUUGCUAAGUAUGGUAGGCCUAUUGGAUUGGAUGAAAAGAUUAAGGUUGAUCUAAUUGUCAUCGGUUCAGUUGCUGUUGACCCAAAGACUGGUGCUAGACUUGGUAAGGGAGAGGGGUUUGCAGAACUUGAAUAUGGAAUGCUGCGUUAUAUGGGAGCCAUUGACGACUCAACACCAGUCGUCACCUCUGUGCAUGAUUGCCAAUUGACAGAUGAUAUUCCAGUUGAGAAAUUGCUGAUCCAUGAUGUUCCUGUUGACAUCAUAUGCACCCCCACCCAAGUCAUCUUCACCAACACAACCAUCCCCAAGCCUCAAGGUUUGUGGAGCAGUGAAAGGAUCUAUUGGGACAAAUUAUCACCUGAGAAGCUUGGCCAAAUUCGGAUACUGAGGGAACUUAAGAGAAGAAUUGAAUUGGAGACGGGGCAGAAACUUCCAACUGGACCGUCCGAGAAACUGCCCCCUACAGCUCAACGGAGAAAGAAAUGAGUUUUAUAUAUGCACCAUAAUGCAAGUAUAGGUUGUGUUACCUUGGUAUGUGGAUUAAGAUGAUCCGAGACAUUUGCUUAUGCAAAUGUAUACAUACGUGGUUUCGGGAAAUGGAAAUGGUUUAUUAUUUAAUGGUCUA